AUGCCUAGCCUAAACAUGAUGACAUCGGCGGCUAGUGAAUCCUUUCUGAUGAAUGUCCGAGAAGAAGCAAACUGUAUUCUUGCGGAAAUCGUCAGAUUAGCUGGGUUCAUUCCUCAGGACUUCAUAGAUCCGUCAUCGUCAAAAUAUAAGCUACUGAUUCUUGACUUCAACUACUUCACUCGGACAGCCCACUAUGAAAAGACCAUCGAGGAGAACGAGGAGCUCCAAGACAGUUUCUACGCUGCUAAUGGAGAUCUGAUAACUCGAUUUUCUGCGCUUUUUCAAGCGCUUGCGAACUUUCUGUCUAGUCUGAAGGAGUAUUGUGACCAAGUGGGUAAUGAAAGAGUCGGAAUUUCCUAUUUGGACAUCAUGGAUAUUGAGAUACUGUUCAAUAUAGGAUUGGUGUUGAUGUAUCUUGAAAAAUUUUUGCCCGGUCCUAUCAGGGAACGGAUCUAUGUAGCCAUUUACAGAAACAGUGACGAACGUCGAAAUGUCGAGUUUUUGGUAGAUUUUUUGAAAAUGCAUGCCACUACUUGGGAACCCAGCUAUCUUUUCGAACGACUUAAUCUCAGUGAAUCUUUUGUUGAGAAGUGUCUUUCUUGUUGUGAAACCAUUCAUAGAGAGGGAACGAAUGAUUUUGGAAAGCUAUAUGUGGACAGAAGCACACUGAUAAGAUGGAUUUUCAUAUGUCUUGUUUUCAAACCGUCUACGCUCAAGAACGACGCCAUGAAAAUGCGUCAGAUUGUGGAAGACUUUUUUCGUGACGAAUGGGUCAUACAACUAGGACUCGGUCUAAAUGUAAAUUUACUGGAUUAUUGGCAGUCAUAUAAAGCUGCUUUGACAGCGAUCACUACUCAAGUGGAUCUUAAUAAGGCAAAAAGCAUGGCGUCUUAUCAUUAUAAUGCACUUGGGAAGCUUAGCAUUCCGCAGGGUAAAAUUUCGCCCAACGACUUCGACGCACAUAUCCGUCUGAUUUCGCAGUAUAACACCUCCUUAAAAUGGUUGAUUCUUCAUAUGUCCAAGACAACAAGUAAAAAGGCAUCUUCCUAUGUGCAAGGCAUAGAAAUAUACUCACAGUUCGAUGCACAAGCUCUUUUAAUUCUUCUGCGAAUAGCCAAUUUUGAAAUGGAUUUCUUCACGGCCUACAGAGAAUGCUUGCGAAACAGGAAGGAAAACAUUCAAAAGUUCACUACUGCUACCUGCUCAAUAAUAGCUGAAAUGGCGCAGUUAUUUUCUCAGGAUUUCACUUCGCUAAACAAGGAUAAAAAGAGUGAGGUGUUUCAAAAUGGCUAUGCUUUCUUAUUUUUUCUUGAGUCAACUUCUCCGUAUUCUGAAGCUUCGGUGGAGCGGGUGCAAUUACUGGAGGUGCAGUGUUGCAUAUCUCCCGUUCGGGCCUUUAAUCAGGGCAUAUGGUUUUUGAGAAGCACCUGGCUCGUGUAG